AUGAUGCUUCAAUACCGAGGAGCCAAUGAUGGUGAAGAGAUAUCAGAACUCUGUUUGUACAACGGUAAUUACGGGCAGCGCAGACGCUCGAUCCUCGUCCUCUUAGAACCCUUGCCUAACAAGAAACGAUCUAACGCACAAGCUGCAGUAGUAGUUUGUCGACCUGGCAGUGCUCUUGACAACGGAUCAGAGGGUAGCAACGGGCGGUCUGAUGAAUCGAGCAUCGAAAAAGUUGAAUUCAAAAAGUUGAGAUGGCCGACCUUGAGUCAAACUGGGGAUAUGGUCCACUUCCCACAAGGCGUUGAGCUCGCUCGAUGGAUGGCGCAAAACGGGGCAGCGACAGCUGGUUGUCGGGGUCAGGUGGUGCGAUUGUCACAACCUGUAAGUGAGACUUGCGGGUUGGGCCGUAAGUGCAAGAUUUUGGGUCAGUUCGCAUGGCACUGGCAUGGCAUGGUGUUUUGA